ACAAACCCGCUCUCCAACAGUGCGGGCAGGCGCGAGUGACUUGAUGCGCGUUUACCGUGACCGCACCGAUCCGUUUUGACAUUUUAACAGCCGCAGCUGUUGCUGUUAUAAGAUGUGUUGGCGACGCAAAGGCGAAACGUAAAGCGACCGCUAUAUGGAAAAAUCACCAAACGCGUACAAGAUUUGCGUCUGUUUCUGCCCGCGUCCCGCACGUGGGGAUGUCGCGAUGGCGUGCGCGAGGAGAACCAAAACUUUGGUCUCCACGUGCGUGAUUUUAAGCGGCAUGACCAACGUUUUGUGUCUGCUGUACGUCGGGUGGAUCACCAAUUAUGUGUCUGAUAACGGGAACGUGAAAGUUGCGGAGAGGACGGGCGAGAAAAAGUUUGACGAGGAGAACAGAGGCGAAACGUUACGGAUUAUUGAGAGACUUGACAGGUUGGAGAGUGUUGUUAACCAGCACAUUCAAGAAAAACCUCUGAAGGACGGGGACGACACGGCUGACCUGUCUCUCUCAGACUCUCUUUUUGCCCACUGGGGUCGCGACCUCGGACCGGAGAGCCGUAAAGUAGCCCUGAAGAAGUUCCAGUACUACGGGUACAACGCUUACCUCAGCGACAGGCUGUCUCUGGACAGAGUGAUUCCUGACCUCAGGCCUGAUGGGUGCAGAAACAUCUCGUACCCCUCCAAUCUACCGCAAGUCAGCAUCAUCUUCAUCUUUGUGAACGAAGCGUUGUCCGUCAUUCUACGUUCCGUUCAUUCCGCCAUCCAUCGGACGCCUCCCCAUCUGCUGAAGGAGAUCAUCCUCGUCGAUGACAACAGCAACAACGCCGAGCUUAGAGAAAACCUCCAGAGAUUCGUGGAGGAAAGCAACCAGCAGCGGCCGGACUUCAUUAAAGUGGUCCGGCAUGACAAACAGGAGGGUUUGAUUCGCUCUCGUGUCAGCGGCUGGAGGGUGGCCACCGCCCCCAUCGUCGCCCUGUUUGAUGCCCAUGUGGAGUUCAGCGUAGGAUGGGCUGAACCAAUCCUUCACAGAAUUAAAGAAGACAGAACCAGAGUCAUCUCUCCUUCAUUCGACAACAUCAAAUAUGACACGUUUGAGAUUGAAGAGUAUCCUCUCUCUGCUCAAGGCUUUGACUGGGAACUCUGGUGUAGAUACCUGAACCCUCCCAAAUCCUGGUGGACACAGAAGAAUCAAACUGCACCGAUCAGAAGCCCUGCCCUGAUUGGAUGCUUUGUAGUGGAUAGGAAGUAUUUUGAGGAAAUUGGUCUCCUGGAUGAAGGAAUGGAAGUAUAUGGAGGGGAAAACGUGGAACUGGGAAUCAGGGUAUGGCUUUGUGGAGGAAGCGUGGAGGUGAUGCCCUGUUCCAGAAUAGCUCACAUCGAGCGCGCCCACAAGCCAUACACAGAGGAUCUGGCAACUCAUGUACGCAGGAACGCGCUAAGAGUGGCGGAGGUGUGGAUGGAUGACUUCAAGGACCAUGUUUACAUGGCCUGGAAUGUUCCAGUACAGGACUCCAGGAUCGAUAUCGGUGAUAUCACAGAGAGGAAGGCACUGAGAGAGAGACUCCAAUGUAAACCCUUUAGCUGGUUCCUGAGGAAUAUUUAUUCAGAAAUGAGAACCUACACAGAUACAGUCGCUUACGGUGUAUUGAGAAACAGCCUGAGGCCAGAUCUGUGUGUGGAUCAAGGUCCUGACUCUGACAACAUUCCCAUUAUGUACAUUUGCCACGGAUUGACGCCUCAGAAUGUGUACUACACAAAUUCCCAGCGGUUUCAUGUUGGGGGUUUGAGUCCAACCAUUGACGAUGAUGACAACAAGUGCCUGGUGGAUGUGAACGGCCGACCGCGACUACUGGAAUGCAGCUACGCCAACAAUAAGCAUAUGAAGCUCUCCUGGAUCUUUACUUUGGAAGGCUCCAUUCAGAACACGAAGUCAAAGCGAUGUCUUGAACUGGUGGAGAGUGCAGAAGCGGAGCAGGGUCACCAGCUGACUCUUCAGAAGUGCAGCAGUCAGAAAUGGACAAUAACCAAUCUAUUGCCUGGCAAAGUCCUGUAAGAGACUAAAGUUAUCACUGGAUAUUACAGUUUACACUGAGAAGACGUCCUAUUACUGUACGUGUUGUUUAAUAAGAUUGAGGACUGUUUUUUUACUCUGGUAUUAAACACUGUAUUCACCUUGAUGUCUGGUGGACCUCGAGGACUAUGAAACAAAUCUCCGAACUAUUUAUACAGUAUAUAAUUUUGACCAAACAAUUGGUUGAUACAGUAUAGAGAGAUAGUAGUGCUUGAAUGUAUAAUAAUGGAGAUUAAUUUAAGGUCGCAUUGGUGUCAGUAUAUUUAAGCACUUUUCUAUUUUGCUACUGUGUAGCACAAAUUUAAAAUGGUUUUUAUUUAGCCUUCCCUUGUUUCUCAGGUUUGUGAAUGAGGGUUGUGAUUAUUCUAUGUAAAAAAAUAGAAAAGAUAUUUUGUAUAGGAUGUAAUUAGUAUUUCUAAAAAUAAUAUAAAGACUUUUAAUUCAUCUUUCUGAAAUUUUAAAUCUAAAAUAAACAAUUUCCUGAAAUGAAACGGCUAAAACCAGUGCAGUGCUGGUUUUCACCAUUUUAAGUUGGUUUAAAUGGUCAUGGUACAUUUGUGGUUUCAAAUAUAAUUUAACGGCUCCAUUAUUGACCCAAUGCUAGGUUGAAAAUAACACAGCAUUUUUUUUAUUGUACACUAAAAAAUAUUGGUUAUUUUCAACCCAGCAUUGUUUCAAAAAGUGACAAUCCCAGCCCAUUGGGUUAUAAUUAAACCUAUGCUGGGUUGUUUUAACCCAUUGUUGGGUCAAAUAUCAGUGGCGGCUGGUGACUUCUUUUUUCGACUUUUCAUGUGUGUGGUUCCUUUUUUCAAAAUAUGUGUUCAGUGCAUCGAGUGAACCUAUGUGCAUCACGUGUCUUGUCAAAAUAAAUGCCUGCUGCGGAUG